AUGAAGACAAGCUACAGUAGGAAUACAGUGGAAGACAAGCGACGAAAUGAAAUUCUAGACGGCCUGAAUGGAGACCAUAUCGUGAUUCCAUUCAUGGAGCAUAGGACUAGUUUUAAAGGCUACAUGAAUUGCUCAAUCGCACAACUCAUGAUCAUGCCGCCGUUUACACUAACAUCACAAACCACUACAGAAUUCAAAAAUGGAACCAACACCUCUGAUGAGGAGCCAAAUACACAGCUGUGGAUGGGAUCCGCCAUGUUGAUUGAUGAACCCAAAUCACCCGGGAUAUUGGGAAGUGCGCAAGAUGUUUCAAUCACAAGCCCUAAUGUAGGGGGCGAUGAGGAAUUUCAGGCGCCAAUCUCGAUGGCCAACAUUGCCAAUAACAUCAGUAGCAGUCAGGUUGCGGGGCCUUUGUCCUCGAAGAAGAAGAAACUUGCUCGCGGCCUACAAAAGGCGAUAAACAGGUGUCUCCGUCGUCAUUGUAAGGGGGGACAUCCAACUACUGACCUCUUACGCGAGCGCAUCCAUGCAGCACUCGAGGGUGCAUUGUUGGGCAUGGAAGUGGACGACAUUAUUUCCAAUGGUGAAGAUAAGCCCAAAACAAACGACAAGCGCGGAACAGUUCAAAGGGCGAGACCAGAACCUUUGUUGGUUUGUGGGCGAGGCCACACUCUAGCUGGAAUGCCAGGAGGAUAUCCAAUAGCAACAGAGACAGAACAUACUUGA